AUGACGACUUCGCUGCUCCUGCAUCCACGCUGGCCGGAGAGCCUUAUGUACGUCUAUGAGGACAGCGCGGCGGAGAGCGGCAGCAGCGGCGGCGGCGGGGGAGGCGGUGGUGCGGGAGGAACGGGGGGCGGCUGCAGCGGAGCCAGCCCCGGCAAAGCCCCAAGCAUGGACGGUCUGGGCAGCAGCUGCCCGGCCAGCCACUGCAGCGGCCCCUCCUCACCCGAACAUCAGGGCCCUCCAGACCCAGGCGCCCCAACAGUAUCCUUUUCACCUUCCUGCCGGCCUUUCGGCUCUUGUUGCCGCAGCCCGGGGGGACCCCGCAGUCCGGGGGGACCCUCUUGCCCGCCGCCACCCUUCAGCCAGGAAAGGGACUGCCGCUCAAGCCCCAGGCACCGGGCUUGGCCAGAGCUUUUGGGGUUCCCCGGCAGCAGCACUGCGGGGCGCACUGGGACCCUCCGCAGUACGCAAAGGUGCAAAGGAUUACUUAGGCAGAGCAAUCCGCGGGCCCUCUUUGAGUCCCUGCCCAAACCCCGUGCUUCAGCAGUGUCACAGCCUUGCUUGCGGCCUCUAGCCAGAUCCAGCCGCUUGCCUCACUUCCUCCCGCCCGCCUUCUCUUUCCCCUCAGAUGUGGUUCCCCUACAGCCCGAAGUGAGCAGCUACCGGCGCGGGCGCAAGAAACGUGUGCCCUAUACUAAGGUGCAGCUAAAGGAGCUAGAGAAGGAGUAUGCGGCUAGCAAGUUCAUCACCAAAGAGAAGCGCCGGCGCAUCUCUGCUACCACGAACCUCUCCGAGCGCCAGGUCACCAUCUGGUUCCAGAACCGCCGGGUGAAAGAGAAGAAGGUGGUCAGCAAAUCGAAAGCACCUCAUCUCCACUCCACCUGACCGCCCACCCCGUAGCCCGCCCCGUCUAUUUAUGUCGCCGCUUUGUACCAUAACCGAACCCACGAAGGACACGCUGCGCCCGUGCAGACGAGUAUUUAAUGUUAACAAGAAAGAGGACCCCGCGCCAGGAGGCCCAGAGUCUCCCAGGCUGCGCCCUAAAUCCCCAUUCCAUCCCGCCCCCUCUCCCAUCCAGAGGGUACUCACCGAGCUUCAGCUGUUUUGGAGCUGGCGAGUUGUGGGAGGAAGGCCGUGGGCCUCUACUUCUCUGGCUGUCUCCCUUCGCCUCACCAGAAAUAGAGGAAUGGCAGCGGAGAGCCCAAUCUUUCCAACCAAAGUAAGGUUGGUGGGGGGAUGUCCCAAAUGACCCUAUCCUUGCCUCAUCCUAUGCCCAAGAUGGUAGAAGACCCUUCUUAGGGGUGUGGCUUGGGCACAGGAUCUGGUGAGUUUGUACUUUCCUUCCAGUUUCUCCUUUUCCCUCUCCCUCUUGCAUUCCAUAGGCAAGAUUUUCCAGUUACGAUGAUUUUUGUGCAUAUUUUUAAAGUCGUGUUAAUGAUAUUGAUGAUAAUUAUUGGAGACCUGGCAGCUUGAUUGGAGUACAGAUCUUGCUUAGAACUUUUAGGUUUUCUUUCCUAUUUCAACAAAACCUGGAGUUGGUGCAACCCUUAACCCAUCCCAACCUGAAAACAAUUUCUCUCUGGAGCUGCCUUUGCCCCCACCACCUCCCUUCUAUGCUCUCUCUCUCUCUCUCUCUCUCACUCAUGUGGAAAUUCAAGGAGGA